GGUGGUGUAGGUGAUGAGCUUGUGAUGACAGCGAUGGUAAUUGUGGUGACGACUACGGUGAAAAAGUCGGUAACCGUUGGGGCUACGAUGAUAUUAGAUGUAUAGGCAACUUAGAUCACACGAAUACAUAGAAAAGAUGCAGAAGUAUCUCGUUCUACUCCGAAGACCUCAUCCUACUAAUGUGUGUGUGUGUAGUUGGAGUAAACAGUUUCUACGGGUGCGAAUAUCUAAGAGGAGAGAAAGGAGUGACUUAUUUCGCGCGUGUGACGUAAGAGACGAGGCGCAGGUUGUUCGUGAGCUGAAGAGCCGCGUGCAGGUCGUGACGCUGCCGAACCCAAGAGCAGAGCUCUCCCAGGCGAAGACGGCGGCAGAGAUGGCUGUGGAAGAGUCAGAGAGGAGAUGA